GUUGGCUGGGGCGUGGCGGCUGGAGAGAGGGCAGCCCCUAAAGACCCCGGCCCCGCCCGUCUGAGUCACGGACCCCGGCCCUCCAGCUGAGCUCCCCGCCCCCGGCGGGAGGAGCCCGGGCAACGGCUAAGCAGCGCACAAACGGCGGAGGGAGGAACGGGACGGGACCAGAUCCGAGCGGGCUCGGGCGUGGGCAUCUCGAGGGGCCAUGGGGGAGGGCGUGCCGGCGGCUGAGGCCGCGGAGCGCGGCCCAGUGCACGCGGUGACAGUGGUGACGUUGCUGGAGAAGCUGUCCACCAUGCUGGAGACGGUGCGGGAGCGCCAGGGUUGCCUGGCCCGGCGGCAGGGCGGCCUGACGGGUACCGUGCGCCGCAUCCAGAGCGGCCUGGGCGCACUCAGCCGCAGCCACGGAGCCACCAGCAACACGCUGGCCCAGCUGCUGGCCAAGACCGAGCGCGUCAGCACGCACGCCCACGCCGCCCGCGAGCGCGCCGUCCGCCGCGCGCUCCAGGUGCAGCGGCUCGAGGCCAACCACGCGCUGCUGGUCGCCCGCGGCCAGCUGCACGUCCAGCUCUUCAAGGAGGAGGCAGAAAUCCCAGCCAGAGCCUUUCAGAAGGAGCCAGAAUCUACAGAGCUAGAAGAGAAGGACCUAGGACCAGAGGUCGUAGAAGAGCCUGAAGAAAGGGAGAGCUCAGAUGAGGAGCCCUCGGAAUCGAGGGCAAAGCGUCUCCGGCGCACUGGCCUACAGAAGGUGCAGAGCCUUCGAAGGGCCCUGUCUACCCGAAAGAGCAAGGGUCCUGCCCCACCUCCACCCACUCCCACCAAGCCUCCCCGAUUGGGCCCAAGCCAGGGCACUGAAAGUCAGCCUGAGGCAGAGAUAGUGGUUGAAGCAGAGCCAGGCUUGGAGCUAGAGCCAGAGCCAGAGCAGGCAAGGAGCACUGUGGAAGAUCCAGAAAGCCCUGAGGCCAGGGAAGCGCCGGCGCUUCUGGUAGAAGGUGCUGCCUAGUGCUGCCUGCACACUUCUCUGUGCCUUUAUCUUUACCGGCACCAGCAGUUGCCAAGCAACAGACCCCAGUUACCCAUAGAGCAUCUAUAACCAAAGAAAGAACUCAUCUUUUAUAGCUCUCCUCACUCCCUCCCUUGCUUCCAAGCUCAGCCCUCCACUCCAAAGUACUAGUCUAGCUCCAGGCCACCCCAUUCUAGACCUCAAAGACCAACACCAUCACCUUCCCAAGUGUGCUCAAGAUUAAUAAACUAAUUUCACUAACUA